CCCUGACCCGCCAAGGCAAAGGGGCUUUUGUCUCUGGUGGCCGGGCUUCCUCGCAGGGCUCCAUGUCGGCCCUGUGUGACCCCCCGGCGGCGGCGGUGGUGGGGCCUGCGGGGCCCUCCUCCUCCUCCAGCCCCAGGCCAGUGGCCGGCCCCGCGUCGCUCAGUUCCCAAGAACUUGCCCAGGAGAUCAAGGCCUUCCUUAGUGGCAUAGACCCUGUGCAUGGCAACAAGCUCACCAUUAAAGAACAUGCCCGGUGCGGCAUUUUGCUGCUGCGCAGCCUGCCACCUGCCCGCAGCGCAGUCCUGGACCACCUACGGGGGGUCUUUGAUGAGUACGUAUGCACCUACUUGCUGGAACUGGAAAGCAGUGAAAGUGGCAUGGGCUCUAUCCGCUCCCAGGGUCCCAACCUGGAUGAUGUGGUACAAGAGAUCCAAGCUGUGCUGUCUGACUUUAUCCACAUGAACCCCAAGGCUUGGGCAGCCUUGGUCUCAGCCUGGUCCAUUGAUCUGAUGGGGCAGCUGAGUAGUAAGUAUGCUGGCCGGCAUGGCGUGCCCCAUGCCAGCAGCCUUAAUGAACUGCUGCAACUCUGGAUGUCUUGCAAAGCCACACGGACACUGAUGGAGAUCUACACCCAGUGCCUCUCCUCGAUGAUCAGCACCUGUCCAGAUGCCUGUGUAGAUGCUCUCUUGGAUACCUCUGUCCAGCACUCACCUCACUUUGACUGGGUGGUGGCCCACAUUGGCUCUUCCUUCCCCAACACAAUCAUCAACCGUGUGCUUUCCUGUGGGCUAAAGGACUUCUGCAUGCAUGGAACGGCUUCAGCCGAUCUCCUCCUUUUCCCUAGCACCACAGCCACUGAUAAGAGAGUGCCCAAGAUUGCCUCAGUGGUGGGCAUCCUGGGCCAUCUGGCCUCUCGUCACUCAGAGAGCAUCAAGCAAGAGUUGCUCAGGAUGUUUCAUGGGAGCCUAGGUCCCACGUGGGACCAGCAACAGAAGGCUACUGUGCCCUUUUUGUUGCAGUUGGCUGUCAUGUCCCCUACUCUGCUGGGCACUAUCUCAGUUGAGCUGGUGGACUCCCUAAAGCCAGGUGUCCUCAACCAACUGCACCAACAUUUUGCUUUGCUGCCUCGGGAAGAUCUGGAAAACAUGGUCAGCAUUGUGGUGCAUCUCAUCUGCCAGACUUCUGAAGGUGCCUACCGGACCCUGCAGUUCCUUAUCAACACAGCUAUGCCAGCAUCUGUCAUCACUACCCCAUGCUUGGCUGUUCACGAUAGUGUACGGGAGGCUUGCGAUCGCAUCAUUCAGCUCCUCCUUCUUAACCUUCAGAAGCUGGUGUACAACCGGGGUUCAGCCAGCUUGGCUGAAGCUCCUCCCCGCAUUGUGCCUUUUUUGGAUGAGCUCAAGGGCCAUGUGCAGGAGCUUUGUAUAGAGACGCUGCGACUGGAACGGAAGCGGUUUCUGUGGCAACACCAGCUGCUUGUCCUCCUUUCUGUUUACUGCACCCCAAGCUGUGCUAGUGAGGCCCUCUUUUAUCUCCUGACUCUGGCUAAAGGGCAAGAAGAGCUGAGCUUAGCCACACAGCUCUAUGCUGUACUUGGUUCUUGCAUGAGUGACCUCCUGCCUGCCACAGUCAAGAAAUGUGUCUGCCAGAUUCAUGCUGGGGGCCUCUCUGAGCAGCACACAGCCCAGCUGUUCCAAAACCUGGCAAUGAUCAUACAGUGGGAAGGAGAAGGUCCUGCCUCUAUGAGCCAUCAACUGGGCCAGGCUGUCUCCUCGCAUAUUUAUGACUUUGGCCAGCUCCUGUUGCACCACAAUCCUGAGGUUGCUCAGGCGGCCUCUUUGCUUCUUUCUGUCUGCCCCAUGCCAAAGGCAAUCAGGCCAGCUCACCUUCUCUUCCUCAUCCGUUCCGCUGUGCACCACUUCUUCCUGGUACUGCAUUGCAAAUGUCCCACAGGCAUCAGCUAUGGAAGCCGUCUCCUUUGCUGCCUGAGUGGAGCAUCGCUCACUGCCAGCAAGGCCAUCCUCCAGUACUUGGUGGAAGGAGCCCUCCAUCUCAGUAAAGCUGAGCUUUUUGGGGGAGUGUCUGAGCCUCCUUCUGUUGUGAAUGAUAACAUUCUGGAAGGAGCCAAACUCUCUCUACUGGACAUUAACCGGCGCUUUAUGACGGCAGUGAACUUCUCAGGCAGUGUGUGGUCAGUGUUCCAUGCUGGGGUGAUUGGCCGGGGCUUAAAGCCACCCCACACCUCCCACCACCGAGAACUGGAGGAGAUUUCCUACAACAUUCAGACCUUUGUUGGCUUAUUGCUGCAGUGUUGUGGAGUGGGGCGCUACAGCAAAGAGCCUGCCCAGCAUGUUGCUGUAAAUCCAGAGGCAGCAAAGACUGUGGCAGUCGUCCUCGUGGAGACCAUCUGCCCAGAUGUCACCAACAGUGAGCUGGCGUGGCCUCCUGAGGAGCACACGCGCAACACGGUGGAGCGGGACAUUCAAAUUGGGCGGUCUUUUCGGGACAAUCCCCUCCUCUUCCAACUGCUGCAUCUGGUGGCAGCUGGACGGCCAGCCUUGUGCUAUUGCUCAGUGCUGCUCCGUGGCCUCAUGGCAACUCUCAUGGCACACUGGGAAGCUUCACGAGAGAAUGACACCACCAGCUCCCCCUGGCAUUUGCAGGCCUCUUGUGACCUGGUGGCUUGCAUGGGGGAAGGUCACCUCCUCCCGACUGUCCUAAGUAACAUGCAUGAAAUCUUUGACCAACUGGCCCCUUUUGAAGUCCACCUCUUGCUGCUCAGUGUCUGGGACUACAUGCAUGACAACAGCCCCUUGCCACAGAAGUUCACCUUUGAUGCCAGCACUGGGCUCUUCUUCCGAGACUUUUCCAGAGAUACUGAUGUUGGCAAAUACCUUUGUGUUUUACACAGUGUCCUUCAUAAGAACAUUGAUCGUCUCGGACUUCUUUCAGGUCGAUUCCAUACCUAAGUGCUUCCUUACAGUUCCACCCAUAAGAAUUGGCUCUUUUCUACCAAUGUUAAUGCAUUUUUAAAACUCCUGGUUUGUUUACGCUAUGACAUUUAUUCAGGUUUGCCUCAAAACGGAGUGAUGCAGAGAUGGGAGGGAGGGCUUGCAGGUGGUCCCUGUGGCCCUUAUUUGCUAACAUAUGUUCUCUUGUGGAAAUAUAACCCCAAAUUGUGUCUGCAGUUCAGUACUGUAUAUGAAAGGCUCUUUGAAGUAGGGUUGAAAAUGAUGGAAAAUAGCAUAAUAUAAAUACGGUAAUGAGCAAUGAGAUUGGUUUAGCUUUUAAGAAAAAAUGCAACAUCUUGCAAGUUGGCAAGGCACCAGAUGAACGUAUACUCCGUACUGAAUGUUUUCAAUAAACCCAAACCUUUCUUAAAAUA